UCGGACUGCCUCUUCAGCUGCCACCUGCUUCCUACCUCGUCCCCGCUCUCGCCCGCCCUUGCCCGCCCUCGCGCUGCUCUUGCUCUCGCUCUUCCCUCACAGUUCAAACCCACCCUUGCUACGAGCUCCAUUGUUGCUUCGCUCCCUACAAGCUUAGCUCGCGUGCCUCCUCCAAGCUGUGUGCCCAACUUCGUCAUCCACUACUUUCCAUUGUGUUCUUUGACCGCGGUCUAUCGCUCCCGCUGUGAGAAAAAAUAAACCAACAGUGGCAAAGAGCAUCGACGGUGGAGUCGGUUGUGAAGAGAGAGCUUUGCCGACGUUCCACGACUAAAAUAAUUUCGAGGCCUGUCGCGGAGUAAAUUGGUGCAUCGAGGCUUUGAGGCACAUCUGUUAGGCGAUUUACGAGACAUCGUUUCGGACGAAGGUCAACAUAGUUUAUUUUGGGGUUUGACGACGUAAAUCUAUCAUGGCACGAUCCAUAGAUCCACUUGUGGUAGGAAAGGUGAUAGGAGAUGUUAUUGACACGUUUGUGCCAAGCGUGGAUAUGGCUAUUCACUAUUCAAGCCGACAGUUCCUUGUGGACAAGAGGUUAUCUGCUAUGUUUACUUAGAAUGCAAAACAUAUUUCGGGCGUUUGCAUGGUGACUAAUGGAUGCCAAAUGAAGCCCUCUGCAACUGCUCAGGCGCCAGAAAUUCAACUAUCUGAUAACAGUGAGGGCAACAAUUAUUACACACUGAUUAUGACGGAUCCGGAUGCUCCAAGCCCCAGCGAACCAAGUUUGCGUGAAUGGCUGCACUGGAUUGUAACUGAUAUACCUGGAAAUUCCGGAGGUUCAGAGACCACUUCCGGAUUUUCAUGGUUACAAGAACAGGUGACGCACACAAGCAGCUCUGGCAGGGAAUUGGUACCAUACAUGGGUCCACGCCCUCCUAUAGGCAUACACAGAUAUGCUUUCAUAUUGUUCAAGCAGCCUUCGACACCGUUUCUCAUUUCCCCACCUACUGUGCGCAACAAUUUCAGCACACGCAAUUUUGCAUCACAUUAUGGAUUGGGUCUUCCUGUUGCAGCCACGUAUUGCAAUGCCCAAAAAGAACCUGGUAGUCGACGUCGUUAAACAGUUUAUGAACACUGGUUUGCUAUUUAAACCUGCCAAGAUGUAUGGAGAUGAUUGGUAUAUACGCAGUUCGAUUCAGGUAGCCGCUCCUAUCUCGAGCAAUGAAGUUAGUGUUUUUUGAGUUUGUAAAGUUACUGCAUGUGAUGAGGUGUAACACUCAAACCUCCCAGACGAGCCUACCUUAUUCUCAGGUAAUAACUUCUGCACAAAAUUCUUUGAAUAUCAAAAUUUGUUUCA